AUGAGGUCAUGGAACCGGCCCGGGCGGCUUUCCGAGCAAUAUUUCCAGUACCAGCUACGGGUGGAGCUUCGCCUUCGCCGCCUCCUCCUUCCUCCUCAAAGAGGUGUCCCCCGGGCGUGUCCCCGCGGCUCAGGUGUGCUCUCUCCGCAGGGCGCGGGGGUCAUGUCCGUGUACCUGUUCACCAAGCGCUACGCGGAGGAGGAGCUGUGCCGGGCCCCGCCCCACCUGCUCCGGCCCCGCCUCAGCACCUGCUCGGGGCUCUCGGGGCAGUUCCUGCAGCCGCGGGCGUGGCCCCGCGCCCGCAGCCCCUCGGACGCCUCCUCAGACGUGUCCAUCCAGAUGACCCAGAACUACCCCCCCGGCCAUCAAGUACCCCCAGAGACCCCCCCCGCACCCGCACCUGUCCACCUCGCCCUGCUAGGCCCCUCCCCCUCCUCCUCCUCGCGGCCCCUCCCCCCGCUCUGGGGGUCGCUGAAGCGCUGGGAGGGCGGGGCCGGGGCGGGGGGCGGGGCCGGGGGCGGGGCCCUGUGGUGCGAGCGGGGGGUGCAGGUGCUGCUGACGGCCGUGGGCGCCUUCGCGGCCUUCGGCCUCAUGGCCAUCGCCAUCGGCACCGACUACUGGCUGUACGCGCGCGCACGCGUCUGCAACGCCACCGGCAACGCCACCAACAGCGGCGGGACAGCCACGGGGACGGCGGCCACCGCGCACGGGGGGCUCACACACUCCGGCCUCUGGAGGGUCUGCUGCCUCGAAGGUCUGAAGCGGGGGCUGUGCCUGCGCAUCAAUCACUUCCCCGAGGACCUGGAGUACGACCACGACAGCGCCGAGUACCUGCUGCGCGUGGUCCGGGCCUCGAGCAUUUUCCCCAUCCUGAGCGCGGUGCUGCUGCUGCUGGGGGGGCUCUGCGUGGCGGCCUCGCGGCUGCGGCGCGCCAGGACCAGCCUGGUGCUCGGCGCCGGCAUCCUCUUCGUGGCCGCGGGCCUCUCCAACAUCAUCGGCGUCAUCGUUUACAUCUCGGCCAACGCCGGGGGGGAGGGGUCCGGGGGGGGCCUCCCCUCCCCCCCCCGGCGGGACGGGGAGCGCCGCCCCUCCCCCUACAGCUACGGCUGGAGCUUCUACUUCGGGGGCGUCUCCUUCAUCCUGGCCGAGGCCAUCGGCGUCCUGGCCGUCAACCUCUACAUCGAGCGUCACCGCAAGGCCCCGCCCCCUCCGCCGGCCCCGCCCCCCGCGCCGCCGCUUUUACCCCGGCAGGCCCCGCCCCCUCUGUCCAGGCCCCGCCCCCCGCGCCGCCGCUCGCGCUCGGGCUCGCGCUCCAGCGGCAAGUCACGUGACCCCUCCCCUCCCUCCGCGCAGGCGCAGCAGCCGCAGCAGCGCGGGAAGGCCUCGGCCUCCCCUCCCCCCGCUGAGAUUUCCAUCCCCGGGGAGUCCCAGUGCCUUAAAGGGGGGGUUGGGACCCCCAGGAUGCCCCCACCAGUACGGACCAGUUUGGACCAGUACGGACCAGUUUGGACCAGUAUGGACCAGUUUGGACCAGUUUUGGACCAGUUCACUGCCUGA